UGCUUCCGCGCAGCUCUGGACCCUUUGGCUAAAAGCACUUUUUGUAGAAGACAUAGGCCGAGGGGAGAAUAGCAAUGGGUGCGGGCAAGAGCCUCUUCACCAAGUUUGAGAGGGACUGCAACUACACAGUCCUUCUGCUUGGGCAGACGGGCUCUGGCAAGACUUCUCUGCUGAACCUCAUCGCCAACUGCCUUGGUGUGAACCACAUUCUGGACGAAGGAGUUCUGAGUGCAGGAGAACUUCACGCCUUUGGUCAAGGCCGAGUGACGGAUUUGAGUGUGGAAAAUGCUUUGAGUGAUCCAAUGGCCAGCAAAACAUCUGAUGCCCGAGUCUACCAGAUUGAGCUGGCCAGAAAUUGGUUCUUCACCAUCAUCGACACCCCCGGCUUUGGGGACUCAAGGGGUUUGGAGGUGGACAAGCAGCAUGUGCAGCGCAUCAUGGCAUGUUUGGCCGAGAAGAUUCAAACCAUCAACUGUGUCAUGGUGGUGCAAAAUGGGCGAGAGUCUCGCAUGACUCCGACCAUGGAGUAUGUGCUUUCACAGCUUACAGCUGUGAUGCCCAAGGCAGUCUUGGAUCAUGUUGUGGCUGUGUUUACCAACACCGAGAACAAGAGGAAGUUGCACUUCAAAGUGGAGAAGUUUCAGACCUUUGGCAUGGGCAUCCCCAAGUUUGAGUGCAUUGAAAAUCCCUUCGGCAUGGUACAGCACUUAACAGCUGCCUAUGGCCUCAACCUUCCUGAGGAAGACCGAGAAGACCUGACAGUCGAGAUCCGGAACAGUCUGAAGGCCUUGGAAAAAGUUGGCUGGUUGGUUCAUGACAUGACCCCAGUCCCAUCCAUGAGAUUCCAAGAACUCAAUGCCCAACGUGAGAGGAUUGAGGCAUUGUUGGCCAACAACUUGGAACUCAUCGUUGAGCGUGAACGCCUGGUCGCUGAUUUGCAACGUCAUCGGCAGCAGAUCGUCUCCAGUGGGGUUCUAUCCCACUUGACUAGGCGAGUUACUCGCUGGGAAAUCAAGUUCGAGAUGUUCCCUUGGUCCAAGUACGUUUGCCACGUGCCGGACUGCCAUUGCAACUGUGCCACCUCCAAUGUGAUCAGCCCAUUUGCCAGCCUUUGGUGCUACUUCCAUGAACAGAAUGUUUGCACAACCUGUGGUCACACCUAUGCCAGACACCGGGUGUCCCGGGAUGGCUGGCAAAGCCGACAGGUCACUGAACACGUGGAAGUGGGCACCAGUGUCAGCGAGGCUGAAAGGCUGUUGCGGCGACGAAUCGAGGAGGCUGGGCGGCAAAAGUUGGCACUGGCACAGGAACUGGACAGGGCACUUGAGGACUAUGCCAAGUUGGGCCUCCGCAAUGCCUACCUCCACCUGCUGCGAAGUCAGAAAGCGAUUCUGGAAGAGCGAUUGGCAGCCAUGCCAGGGGAGACCUUGAAGAACCUCCUGGAUCGACUGGUGAACAGCCUGAAGGAAGUAGAAGAAGCAGCUGAAUCCACAUGCUUUUGUUUUGUCGGAGCUGCGGACACGGUCCUACGGUCCUCGAUUGUGGGCACAAGACUUUCUGUGCAGUGCUGAACAGGUGGGGACGUGUCCACCAGACGUCUGGUUACAUCCAGAACCCCCAUCGCGCUUGUAUAGCUGGCAAGUUGCCACAGUCGCGUCGCAGACAGACCGGUGAGAAAA